AGUGCGCCGGGAGGCGGCGGUUGGCGUUUAAAAGGCCGUGAGGCGGCGGCCGUUGUCCCCGAGGGCGGAGCGGGUCCGGAUCCGAUCGGAGCGGGGCGAUGGUGCCCAGGGCCGCCGACCGGCUGCUGAUCGUCGUCUCCAUCCUGGAAGGGCGCUAUUUUCCAAAACGACCAAAGUACAUGCUUAUAGUUGAAGCCAAGUUUGAUGGUGAACAGCUGGCUACUGAUCCUGUAGAGCAUACUGAUCAGCCAGAAUUUGCUACUGAAUUGGCUUGGGAACUUGAUAGGAAAGCACUUCAUCAGCACAGGCUGCAGCGUACACCUAUCAAACUCCAGUGUUUUGCAUUGGAUCCUGUCUCUUCAGCUAAAGAGAAUAUAGGCUAUAUUGUACUUGAUUUAAGGGCUGUGCAGGAAAAGAAACAGACACCAAAAUGGUACCCUCUGCUUAGUAACAAGUACACUAAAUUUAAAUCCGAAAUACAAGUAGGUGUGGUGUUGGAAACUGAUACAAAAGCAUUGGUGGAUGGUUUUAAAGCAAAGGAAGCACCCCCUAGAGAAGGGAGAGUGUCUGCCUUUCUUUCUGGACUAGACCCUAAAAGUAUUGUACCGGUCCUGAUUGAAGAAGAGGGCUAUCAUCAGAUUGGACCAGCAGAGUGUUGCAGAGACUACUUUGUUUUGUCUGUAACCAUUGCAUUUGCCACACAGUUGGAACAGUUAGUUCCUAGUACUAUGAAGCUUCCUGAACGACAGCCUGAGUUUUUUUUCUACUACUCGUUACUGGGAAAUGACGUAACAAACGAAACUUUCACUGAUUUAAUUAAUCCAAAUUUUGAGCCAGAAAGAGCUUCAGUUCGAAUACGUAGUACAGCUGAUGUUCUUCAAGUUUAUCUUUGUGCACAGUCAAAAUUGCAGAUCCAUCUUUGCUGUGGUGACCAGUCUCUUGGAAGCACUGAAAUACCCCUGUCUGGACUACUGAAGAAGGGAAGCACGGAAAUUGAUCAGCACCCUGUGACAAUAGAAGGAGCAUUUGUCCUUGUUCCACCAAAUAGAGCUAAACAAAAGAUGCCACAGUUGCCCUUGGAUAUGGCUCCUACUGUGGGUGUAUCUGUAGUUCUGCAAAAGGAGACCUUAAACGUACAGCCUCUACAGCCUUUGAUUCCCCUAAAUGCUCCAAAUGAACCUAAACAGCCACAGAAGAAAGUUCUUUCACCUGUUAGUGGAAAAACAGAGGGCCUGCAGCAGACAUCCAAGGAUGUCCCAUCUCAAAAUGACCACUCUUCCCCAACAGAAGAUGAAGCAACAGAAAGUGAAGUGGAAAGUCUUAAGUUUGAAAAAGGCACAAACCUGAAAAAAACAAGGUUGGUGACUGAGUCUUGCAAAGAGGUUAACACAGAGUACACCGAAGAGAUGCCAGUUAUCACAUUGCAGAGCAGAACAAAAUCACCACUAUUGUCAGAUCUGCAAAAUUCCACUGAUGCUGCACCAGUAGCUGCAUCUCAGUCCAACCCAGUGGGUGCAUCCAGUUCUUCUGAGCCUGUGUCAGCACAGAAAAUUGUCAUUCCAGCGGCCUCUCACCAUUUUUGUUUUUCAAUAGACUUACGAAGUAUACGUGGUCUGGAAGUUGGUUUUCCAAUAAAUUGCAUUUUACGGUACUCGUAUCCGUUUUUUGGCAGUGCAGCGCCUAUUAUGACAAGCCCACCCACAGAAAUCAGGAAGAACAUGGAAGUUUUUCUUCCACAGUCCUACUGUGCAUUUGACUUUGCAACUACACCUCAUCAGCUUCAAGAUACAUUCUUCAGAUUACCUCUGCUGGUUGAGUUGUGGCACAAGGAUAAAACAACUAAAGACAUGCUUCUAGGGAUUGCCAGACUUCAGCUUUCAAAUGUUUUGGCUUCAGAAAAAACCCGUUUCUUGGGUGGUAAUGGUGAACAAUGUUGGCGUCAGACUUUCAAUGAAACAGUCAGUGUCACAGCAGCACAAGGGUCAGGCAACAGAAUAGCAGAGCUUUCAUAUGCCAUCACUUUGGAAGACUACGGGCUUGUGAAAAUGCAUGAAGUUCUGGUGUCAGAUUCUUCUCAAUGUGUAGGUGCUGGUCAGCAGCGGCAUGCCCCCCAUACUCAGCCUCCUUGUGUCCCAGAAAACCAUCCAGAACCUCGAGAAACUCUUGAAUACAAAGCAGCACUGGAGUUAGAAAUGUGGAAGGAAAUGCAAGAAGACAUCUUUGAAAAUCAGCUUAAAAAGAAGGAGAUGGCCCAUAUGCAAGCACUUGCAGAAGAAUGGAAGAAAAGAGACAGAGAGAGAGAAGCAUUAGUGAAGAAGAAGGUAGCAGAAUAUACUGUUUUGGAAGAACAACUUCAGAAAACCUUGAGGGAUCUAGAUAAGCGAGAGCGACAUCUUUUUAGUGCUGAAUCAGAGCUUCAAAGAGUAAAGAAGGAGUUGCAAGCAGAGCAUGAACGAAAUAAGCAGGAGUUACAGGAUUCUGUGCGACGUGCCAGAGAAGAAUGUGCUCACCAAAUUGAGCUAGAAAGGUCAAAAAUCAAACAGAUGGAAGAAGACAAGCUUCGCCUACAGCAGCAGCUUUAUGAAGCAGAAAAUAAGCAUAAAAUUUUGGAGAAGGAGUUCCAGCAAUACAAAGAACAGCAAAGUAGUAAACCAGAAAUCCAGCUACAGUCGGAAAUAAAUCUCCUCACUUUAGAAAAGGUUGAACUUGAAAGAAAGUUGGAGUCAGCUACCAAGUCAAAGCUCCACUACAAACAACAGUGGGCAAGAGCAUUGAAAGAACUUGCAAGGUUAAAACAGCGUGAACAAGAAAGUGCAAUGGCUCGCCUUAAAAAGCAGCAACAAGAGCUGGAGCACAUGAGGUUGCGCUAUUUGGCAGCAGAAGAAAAAGAGCUGGGGAAAACAGACCGACAAGAGCUGGAAGAUAUCAGAAAUGAACUUAACAGGCUAAAGCAACAAGAAGAAGAGAGAAAGCAAUUGCAAGACGUUAGAGAUAAUUCUGCUGGUAGAGUGGAUAGUCCUCAUUCUAGAAAAUUAAAUGAGAACAUGGAUGAUUAUCUCUCUCGUCUGAUAGAAGAGAGGGAUACCUUGUUGAGAACAGGCGUCUAUAAUCAUGAAGACCAUAUUGUAAGUGAACUUGAUCGUCAAAUCAGAGAAGCUAUUGCAAAAAGGAAUACCACUAGAUAAAAGCGUACAAAAAGCUGUUAAAAAGAGACUAAACUUGAACAGACUAACUGAUUUUUAAACCACCUUCUGCAAAAAUGUAUAGUCAUGCUUAAAUUUUGCACAUUUUUAGCUAUUUUUGAAGUCAAGGUAAAUAUUUGCAAUUCAUGAUGUUAAGCAUAAUUGUGAGUUUUACAGGGAGUGGCUGGUUUUUAAUGUUUUUAUACUCAUAUAUGUGAAUAUAUUUAUCUUGUGUAUUUUCCUCUGAAAUGUUUUCUACCUCUUUGUACCACCGUGCCUAGGUUUAUUUUUAAUAUUUUUAAUAAUUAUUCUAAGCUUUUUGGUCAAUACUGUCAUAACUUAUUUAAAUUUUUGUAAAAAGGGUUCUUCAACUAUAGUAGGAAAAAAUUACAUUAGCUAUUUUCCCUGAUAGAAUUCUUAAUUCUGACCCAAAACGCAUCACUUGAACUUGACAUGUCACUUUCUGUUAAAUCACAAGGCAAUCAACCUUUGCUUUGGUAACUGUAGUUAAGAUAGCAAGCUCUGUAGUUAAUACUCUUUCAAGAGUCAAGGUUUUAAAUGGAGAAGAAAACUCAAACCUUAUGAAACCGAUUGAAAUAUUAAGUAACUAGUAUGAAUUGUACAGAAUAAAAGUCCCUUUGUCCUAGCAGUUUUGCACAUAACGCCUGUAAGGGUGAAGACAGGAAGGUAAAGCCCUGGUUCAGGAAUAAAAAUGCAUUAUAUUCAUCCCUUAAAACAAAAGAUAUAUAAAUUCACUGAAUUAGUACCUCAAAGGUUGAACACUUACAUAAGAAAGCUUGUCUAAGUGAAGAUUUUUUCCUUAAUCAAGACCUGGUCAUUUUAUGAUUCCUUAACAUAUAUUUCAAUGCAUGUUGUCUUAUUGCCACUUAAAUUUUAUGUAGUACUUGAUUGAAGUAUGAAAAAGAUAACCUCGAGGUGUUGAAUGCCACAACAGAAUUCAACGAGAAAUGUUAGUAUGUGUAUAAUCAGUUGAAAUAGCUGUUUGUUUUUUUUCCAAACUUCAUUCUGUGUCAGUUUUUUAAAAUCAUUCAUGUGGAUCUAGUUAAUUAUAUAAACAUACAACACUGUCUUUUCAAUGGGGAUUUUUGUCUGUCUUGUUGGUACAAUGUAUCUGAGUACUGAACAAGUCUUAGAUAUCUUUGUUCAUCUAAAGCAUAACAAAUCCCAUGCAAAAAACAAAAUUACAUAAAAUCUGUGAACAUCUAUAGACAUGGCUGUGUAUGUAUUGCCUUCCUGUUUUGCAUGGUAUGAAUUAUAUAGAAAAUAGACUUAACAUUGCAUCUGACUUUGUGUUUUUUCUUUUCCUCCCUACAACGGGCUUCUCUCCUGCUAAAUAAAUUGUUAUUAAGGGCCUAUAAAGUUUUAAACUAGCCAUGUUAACUCGGAUAUCAGAUUCUAUAAGGAAUUACUGAUUAUCAGUGUCAGACUUCUUAAGAAAUGCUUUUGUAUUGCCUUGCACACCACUAUUUUUUUCAAAUUAGUGUGUUUAAAAAGAUCCUACCAGUAAAACAAGUAAUGUCUUCAUAAAUCCAGUACAAUCCAUUACAUGUAGUUUUACUUUUUUGUUGUUGUCUUAUCAAUGAUGCAUGAUCAUAUGCAAUUAUUGUAAAUGAAUCAGGAGGGUUUAUGUAUUGACAGAAAGACUUGCUCAAGACAUUCUUCAAAUGCUUGCUCGCGGUAGAAGUGCAGUUUCUUCUUGAAACACUGGGGGGUGUGUUAGACUUAAAGAUCUUAAAGAUUGUUUACUAACAAUUUUCAUAAUUGGAUAUAUUUUGAACCGAUAUUCUAUGACUUUUCAGGUGUUACAUUAUUAAAUAAAACUCAGAUUUUUAUUAUUAA